AUGUCGCGCGUGCUGAGGGCUGUGCGCCAUCUUCGGGAGGCAGCAACAAAAUUCACAUUUUGUAUAUGUGUGGAGGCCCUAUAUAUCCAUCUAGACGAACCGGCGACGGUCGUCGUAGACCUCACCAGAGGGCCCCGUCGCGUGCGUGGGAAUGCAACGAUAGAAUUAUCCAAAGGCGAUAAUGAAGUGUCGUUGAAUAUUCCGUUACAGUGCAACGUCACCCUCUUCAAACCUAAGAGCAGCCCUCAGGCCAGCAGUAGCAGCAACAGCAGUCUAAAGAGGCAAAAAUCCAAACUUGAAGGUGUGCCGGAGGCAGUAGGCGCUGCUUCUGGUGUUGCUGUUGCAGCUGACGGGGUCCCGUUUCUGCCUAAGAAAGCGCAGCUGCAGCUGCUCGAUGUGUCGAAGUCUCGUCGUCUGGGAGGCCGUAUCCUCUCUCGCAUGCGGCCGUCGCCUUCUGUAUCGUUCGCGUCUGCGCUGCCUCGAGACCCUUCUGCUGCUGCCUCCAUCUCUCUGUCUCCUGAGACAGCAGCAGAGACUCGAGACUCCGGAGUGCUUUUGGCAGAGGCCUCUUUUGAUCUGGCCUCCCUCGCUGCUGCUCAUAGCAAAGGCGUGCAUCUGCAGACUCUCCGUCUGCCGCUAGAGAAGGCGAAGGGAAAGAUCACGAUUUCCGUCUCCCUGGACAAACUCGAGGGCACAUUUCCAGCGGCCCCUUCACCAAAGCCUACAGCAGAAACAACCGCAACCGCACCGGCAAGGUCGUCUGCAUCGCCCACAAUUGCAACAAUGACAGAGGCAGCAGAAGACGAGCCCUUGGUACUGCGUCUGCCUCACAAGGAGACUCUGCCUUCCUCCUUGGAGACGCCUACCCUCGAAGAAGACACCUCGCCGCAGCAGCAACCUCAAGCAACAACAACAACGGAAGCAGCAGCAGCGACAGGAACUGAAAAGGGAGGGGCAGCACAUCCUUCUUCUGCAGACAAAACUCAACAACCACCGAUGCAGGAACUCGCAUCUACAGGAACAGCCACUACUCCUGCGGAGUUGUCCCCAGCGGAAAGCCAGCGGCAACCGAAGCAGCAGACACAGCAGCAGCAGCAGGCUGAGCUGCGAAGGAAGGACGAGCUAAUCGCAAGUUUGCAGCGCCAAGUAGCGCUCAUGGAAGCAGAGAGUCAUCAGGCGGCAGCCCCACAGUUGGCGCAGCUGUUUGCACAAAUAGACGAACUGCACACGGCGCUUGCUGCAGCGCAGGAACAGCAACUGGCAGCAGCGGAACAACUUCAACAAGAGAGGGAGAAGGGAGACAGCUCUGCAGCUGCUGCCGCGCUGCAGCAGCAGCUGCAGGACGCGGAACAGCGACUGCAGCAGCUGGAAACCCAGAGGCGCGAAAUGCAGCUGCAGCAGCAGGAGCUGCAGCAGAAGAACAGCGAGCAGCAGCAGGAACUGUUGCAGCUUCAGGCGGAAAGGGAUGGGAUGCGUCUUAUUGCGGACGCGUACAAGAAGCAGCUGGAGGAGGUCCACCAGCAGCAGCAGCAACAGCACCAGCAGCACGAGAAGCCGCAGGAAGAGCAGGUGUUGCUGCUGCUGCAACAAGCGGAGCAGUGGGAGCUCGAGAAGCAGCAGUUGCAAAGUAAGCUAGCUGACGAGGCGAGGGAAAAGGAAGCAGCAUUGAAGGAAGUGCGCCUGUUGCAGCAGCAGCUGCAGCAGCAGCAACUGCUGCAGGAAGGUGUGAACCAGAACUCGGACCCAGCAGCAGUACUGCAGCAGCAAAUUAUAUCGCUUCAGCGGCAGCUCGUGGAGGCGGCAGAUGCACGGGAGACGCUGCGCAUUUCUAAGGACCAGACGAUCGCCGAGCUGACCAAAGCCCUUCAGGAAAUGCAGCAAAAACAAGGAGAAGCGCAGGCGGCUCAGCAGCAAACGAUGCAGAAGCUGAACACAUUUAAGGAAGAGGCAGAAGCCCUCAGGGAGAAAAUUCGAUGCCAGGAGGAGACGCUCCAGCGACUCCCCAGUCAGGCAGCCUGGUCUUGCGCCCAGCAGCAGCACCAGCUGCUGCUGCAGCAGCAACGGGAGUGGCAGCAGCAGCAGGAGCAUCAGCAGCGACAGCAGGAGUUGCAGCUAGCAGCAAGAACACGACGCAUAGAAGAGCUGGAGAAGGAGCUGGUUCACGUGAAAGUUGAGUUAGCAGCUGCUGAGCAACGGAGACACGAAGACAUCGACGCCUUCAAAAAGAAGUUGCAGGCGGUAAAGGAAACAGUUGUGGCCUACGCUGCGGCUUCCUCCGGCAGCCUUCAGGCCAAGUCCUCUCUCCACUCCCACAGAGGCAGCAAACACAGCGGCAAUGUCGGCUCCAAUGGGAAGGGUAGUCCUGUGAAGAGGCUGGUGCACAUCAGCAGUCUAAAAGCCCUUUUCCGCUCCAGCAGCUCCAGCCGCCGCAGCAGCAGCUACUGUCGAAGCAGCAGCCGUUUCGUUGUUGCUGCCGCUGCUGACCAGCGCCCUGCUGCAACAUCCACCAGCAAGGGUAGUCACCUGGCCGUACAAAGCCGAUCCCUGAGCGAGAGUCGUUCUGACCUCCUCCGCAGCAGCAGCAACGCACAAGGAUCCAGCAGCAACGGGAGUGGCAGCAGCAGUUACAGCAGCAGCUGCAAGGCACCACCAGCCUCGGUCAGUCUAUUCGGCACGCAACCCGUCGCAGGCGCUCCCAGAGGGCCCUCUGUGACUCGCUUCAGCGCCUCCACGAGCGGCGGCUGCAGCGUCGUGACGCGCUGCGUGCCAUGA